GAAGGGGAACAAAAAAGGGAGAAGGGGGCUGCAAACACUGAUCUUUGUAGGUACUGUAUUGACGUUCUCUGCUGUGCCCCGGUAUCAGAAAUGCUCUGGGGCUCUCCCAGCAAUACAGGGCUUGGGCAGUUGGCUGCUCUGAAGGCUCCUUAGCUCCCCAAAAUAAUCCAUAGGGUGUCACAUUGUGCUUUGUCACUUUGUGGGUGUAAAAAAGCAACAGCAAAGCCCAAAACAAUAACAGCAAACCCAAAGCAAGCCCUGACUGAUAUCAGACUGAACCUGGACUGGGCACAGACCUCAUUGUCACCCUGUUUGGUGCCCUGUGCAAGAGGGCCCAGGGAGGGGGGUGUUUUGUUACCCCUGGAUUUACCAGCACAAAGAAGGGCUUGUAACUCCUUAUUUACUGUAAGUAAUAUCAUAUCUAUUCAUUAUUUAUCCACUUCUGAAUUGUAAUGAAUUAUGGCAACCCUUAUGGUGAGGGUUAUACUGUAGAUAAUGAUAUAAUAUUUUAUGUAUGAGAAAAAGACUUUCUCUGAAGAUCUGCACUUUGGACACAGGUUGGAGAGACAAGUAUCAUCAUUACAGUCAACCCCAGGAGAAAGCAUCUUCCCGGUACCCAGAGACUGUGACUAGUGUAACUCCAAAGGUAAACUGGAGGCUGAUCUUGUCUGCUUUGCUCCAGUGUAUCUGUUCAUUAGACAUUUGCAUGUGUUUGCAUAAUUGGCCGAAUCCCACCCAGGUGUGCUGCAGAGAGGACAAACAGCCGCCCAUACAGACACAGGGCGGUGGAGGACGCUGGGUAACCCCGUUUUGGCAGCUCGGCCGCUGGGUACCAGGAUGCUGCUUCCAUCCCGGGCGCUUCACGUUCAGCGGAGCCAAAUCCCCCAGGAGCAGCGGGGGGAGGACGUUCCCAUUAUCCGGCUCCUGCCGUGGCGGAGGCAGCUGGACCAGCCGCGCAUUAAUAGAUUACACGGAGGAUUUGGGCUCUUCGGCAGCGAGGGGAGCGCUCGCAGGAGGGAAGGCCAGGGCGGCUCGGGGACGGACGCAGCUCCUGCUCCACACUGACACCUACUCCAGCCAAGCCCCGCAGAGCCCCAGGCUGAGCCAUGGACGAGUGGGACCUCCCGCAGUGGAAGAAGGAGGUGGAAAGCCUCAAGUACCAGCUGGCCUACAAGCGGGAGAUGUCGUCCAAGACCAUCCCCGAGUUCGUGAAGUGGAUCGAGGACGGCAUCCCCGAGGAUCCCUUCCUCAACCCCGAGCUGAUGAAAAACAACCCCUGGGUGGAGAAAGGAAAAUGCACCAUCCUCUGAGGGACCGACCCCCCCGCGGCACCUCCUGCUGCUCUCGCUCCCCAUCACUGAAUGUACUUUUUUAUUAGCUAGCUUCCGAAUAUGACUACCUGAACAAAAACCCUACCCUCAUCUGGUCUUAUUAUUUUUAGAAGUGUUUCUUUUCUAUAUAGAGGGGCAAUGGGGAAAACAUGGGGGUGGGCAGGGUGGGGGGACAGGAGCAGCAAAGGGUCCAGUCUCAGCCCUAUACUAUGGACAUCAAGCUGGCACGUUUGAACUUGCAAAGGAAGAAAACUUUUAUAAAACAUUUUCAGUGAUUUUAAAUAGCCUUUUGUAUAUUGUAGAAUACAAUUUUGCAGGGGAAAAAAAAGGGUAAAAUACGGCAAACAAGGGAUUAUAAAUGAAAUAAACACAACAAUACUUCAUGAUUAUUUUA